GAAACUUAAUUGCAUGUAACAAAUCAACUCAGUGUGCGAGAUUUCCUCAACUCGCAACAGAACAUAUUGUUGCGCGCCAAGUUGAUCGCGCGCGAUGAAAAACGAUCGAGAAAUAUCGAAUAAACUUGAACAGAAACAAAGUUGCGCGCCAAGUUGAUGGUUUUUGUAUCCGAUCUCGUAUUUUGCCGCUCUGAUACCCUUUACUUUCUAGGGUGAACUUCAUGAUGGCGGACAAAGAAGGUCAAGCAGCGACUGAUGAGGUUCGCGAAUAUGACGAUAUAUUCAAGUAUGUCCAGUCGUUUGGUCGAUAUCAGAAGAUUGUGUUGUUUGCUUCUUGUUUCUUGGUGAUGCUAUGCUCGAGUCAGUUUGCUGCUCUUUUGUUUGUGUACGGUACACCCAACUUCCACUGUGAAGACACAAACUCGACAUGUCCUCCCAACAAAUGCUGCAACAACUGCACUAGCUACGUGUUUGAUGGCCCGUUCCGUAGCGUCGUCUCGGAGUUUAAUUUGAUCUGCGACAAGGCGUACAUCGGUGCUACUGUUCAAGCCUGCUUUUACGGAGGGAUGCUCGCUGGCGCCACAUCCUCGGGCAUCUUGGCUGAUUACAUUGGACGACGGAGGACCAUCUUUAUUACAGUUUUUAUUGUGAUACUGUCAUCAGUGUGUUCAGUGUUUGCUGACUGUGUUUCUCUACUGGGGGUUCUUCGGUUCAUGAUAGGUAUUGGCAGCGGUGGGAUCCAAGCKUCGCAUUUCACUUUAGGCCUAGAGCUGUUGGGACCUAAACAUCGAUCCUUGUAUAGUGUUAUUUAUCAGAUCUAUUUUACUGCCGGGUAUUUUGUCUUCAACUUUUUCGCUUAUUUUGUGAGGGACUGGAGAUUACUUAUAUUGAUGAAUAGCUUGCCAGGGAUUAUACUAUACUUAUUUAUGAGAAUAUUUCCCGAGUCUCCUCGAUGGCUUCUUAGCAAAAACAGACUAAAAGAAGCAGAAGAUGUCCUUGUUAAGUGUGGAAGCGAUUCUCUGGAUCGAAAUCAACUCAAAAAAGCGAUCAAAGAUAUUAGCAUUGCACAGAUUAACGAAGAAAAGAAGAGACAAGAAAGAAUUUACACGCCUCUUGAUUUGGUUCGCACGCCAAAACUCAGAAGAAGAAGUAUUUUUCUCGCAAUAAACUGGUUUUCGGUUAGUUUUGUUGGCAAUGCUUUCUUUCUGUACAUUGGAAAUCUAGCAGGAAGUAUCUAUCUAAACUUCUUCCUCGUCAAUAUUGCUUGCCCUAUAGGCGCUAUAGCAACGGGAUUUCUUCUAAAACGCAUUGGCCAUCGUUUGACACACGCUGUUGUCCUGUGUAUGGUUGGGAUUCUUUGUUUGUCUUCUCUCGCAGUACCGGAUGAUCAACCGCUUGCAAGAACUUGGAUUUUCGUGUCAGCGUUUGGUAUUUCAAAUGGAAUGUGGGUCACAAUCUUUCUUAUUGGGACUGAGCUGUUCCCUACCGUUCUGAGGAAAGGAAGAAGGCCUGGUGAACAGGAAAAAGAUGAAGUCCAAGUUGAAUCUGAUAAAUACACAGUUGCAAACUCACAAGUCACAUCUAUGUAG